UUUCAGAAAAAUACGAAAUAGGAUAAUCAGAGAGACUGAGAGGACAUUCAAUAUUAUUUUAAUUAAUUAUUAAAAGACACCAGCAAAAGCGGGAAACUUCGAACCAGGAAAAGCCCCACCACGUACAACUCUCACUCUCCCUCUCUCUAGGGUUUGAACACAGAGCCGCCGUGUGAAAGCAGCCAUGGACGACGUUAGGGCAAGCUCUGCUUGGGUCGCAAGCCAUUCUUCUCAUGUCGUCGUCGACUCUUCAGGGAUUGAGAAAGUGGCGGAGAGGAUAGAUACAAUUCCGAAGGUGAAAUGGGAUUUCGAAGGAAUACACUAUUUCGACAAUGGGCCUCUCACCGUUCAGUAUCUCUUUGUGUUGGACGCUUUGAAUUUCUGCUUUUGGCCUGAUAAGGACUUAAAUUAUGACAAUUUGGCUGCUGGUCUAAAGGAAGCAAUACAAAAUGACAAAUCUGUGUUUGAUGCUGAUCGUUUGCAGAAAUACACCGGUUCUGAACUGCGGGAGCUGUUGAAAUGGCCUAGGCCAUUACCUUUGGAGGAUGAGAGAGUUCGUUUGCUGCAUGAGGUUGGGUUUGAGCUUGAGAGAAGCUUUGACGGCAAAGCAUCCAACCUUGUGGAGUCCUGUGGAAAGUCAGCGGUUAAGCUUGUUGCUCUUGUUACUCGUCACUUUCCUGGUUUCAGAGACCACUCGGUAUACAAAGGCCACCAAGUAUUUUUGUAUAAAAGAGCUCAGAUAUUUGCAGCAGAUUUAUGGGGAGCAUUUGGCGGCCAAGGAUAUGGAGAAUUUUAUGACAUUGGCUCAAUCACUAUUAUGGCGGACUACAUUGUUCCAGCCGUGCUUAGACAGCUGGGUGUGCUGAAGUAUAGUGCAACCCUUGCCAGCACAAUUGAGGCUAAUACCCAAAUAGUUGCAGGCAGUGAGGAGGAAGUCGAACUGCGAGCAUGCUCCAUAUAUGCUGUGGAGAAAAUGAAAGAGUUGAUCAGUAUGAAAUCAGGGAAGAAGGUGCUGAGUAUUGAGUUAGACCUUUGGCUUUGGUCUUUUGGCAUUCAGUGUCCUGCACUGCAACACCAUCGCACCCUCUCAAUAUAUUAUUGAGUGCACUAUAUCUCAUUGUACUCCUUUGCUAUAUAUGUCCUUGGGAGAAAGGAAAAUUUUGGGCUUUGAAGUUUCUAGUUAAAGUCUUUGGAUGAGUAUGAAACAGGUUCUGGCAUCCUAUUUCCUUUCGCAAAUUUUGCGGCUUUUAUAAUUUUGCAUAGUGCAACUAGUUUAAUUGUUGAACAAAUGAAGAUCAAUAGGAAGGUUAUGGUAACUAAAUGAUUUAGUA